UACUCCUUUUGCUCCUGCUACAUUGCUGAAUCUGUGUAUUCCGGGUGUAAUCCGUUCAACUGCCGGUUCUUGAAAAGAGUGUAAAAUCUCGUUGCUACGAAGAAUGGCUGGAAAGUACCGCAUUGUGAUGGUUCGCCAUGGCGAAUCCGAGUGGAAUCAGAAGAACCUUUUCUGCGGCUGGUUCGAUGCUAACCUGAGCGACAAGGGCAAGGAGGAAGCCUUGGCUGCCGGAAAGGCUGUCAAAGAGGCUGGCCUAAAGUUCGACAUUGCCCACACGUCGCUGCUGACCCGCGCGCAAGUAACCCUCGACUCGAUCCUCAAGGAGUCGGGUCAGACCGCCAUUCCGAUUCAAAAGACUUGGCGCUUGAACGAGCGCCACUACGGUGGGUUGACCGGGCUGAACAAAUCCGAGACGGCUGCCAAGUACGGCGAGGAUCAGGUUCUGAUCUGGCGUCGCAGCUUUGAUGUACCCCCGCCGAACAUGGAACCGGAUCACGCCUAUUACAACGCCAUCGUAAAGGACGACCGUUACAAGGACGAUCCCAAGCCUGCUGAUUUCCCCAUGGCCGAGUCGCUGAAGCUGACGAUCGCGCGCACGCUACCGUACUGGAACGAUGUCAUCAUUCCGCAGCUCAAAGAGGGCAAGAAUAUUAUUAUCGCCGCGCACGGUAACAGCCUGCGUGGCAUCGUGAAGCAUCUCGACCAGAUGACGGAUGAAGCGAUCAUGGGACUAAACCUCCCGACCGGUAUUCCUUUCGUGUACGAGUUGGAUGAAAAUCUGAAACCGGUAGUAUCGAUGAAGUUCCUCGGGGACGAAGAAACCGUUCGCAAGGCCAUCGAGUCCGUCGCCAACCAGGGCAAGGCAAAGUAAGGACUACGUUUUUCGUUACUAUUUCGAAGAGCGUUCGAUGUACAUUUUGUUUAGAAUCGGCACGACAAAGAAAGAUCCAAUGCGGCCAGGAGCCUAAGGCGUUGGCAGCUUGGAGCUUGAUGAUCAAGGCUCUCAAGCCUUUUUAUGUUAUCUGUUUUGUGAUGCGUCCUUCUAGAUCGUUGUUAACGUGAAGCAUUCAGUCAGCUUUGCCAAAUCGAUAAUUUAUUUUUAGCGUAGCUAUGUUAUGCAGGGCGUACUCUAAUGACAUAAACCUACGAGGUUCGACUAGCAUCGCAAACUCAGAUUCCACGAAUCGUAAUCUUAAUGCAUUGUUGAAGAUAAAACAGGAAAUAAACUUUAUUCGUUGACUGUCUGUAAAAAACGGCCGUCGUCUUCUGGAAGUGUUUCCGUUCCACACGUAGGGAGUUUGAAGUGCUGUGUUGCAUCGAAGCUGACCAACAAAGGAUUACAUCCAACGGCAGAUGGUGGAAAAUAAAAUAGGCACCU